CCUAAUUGCGUGCAUGGUCCAUCACGAAAAAGGGGUACCUGUGGAUGUACCUGCCUGCCUGUACUUUGUCUGUAUCUCUGAGCCGUCCAAUUUCCUACGUACCAGAGGCCACCCCUUAGCUGAGGUACCAUAUCCGUGCAAGGAUUUUAAUUGACAUGGCUGGGAGGGGAAGGGGGAAAAGCGCGUCGUAGGGCGUGCACAAUCGCGCGUUUCUGACGGGCAAGGGAAGUCUCUCAAUCGGUGCGAAAUGAAGCCCCAGCCACUUCGUUUUUUUCCCCGUCUACUCUUGAUCAUUCUAAGCUCAUAUUUCGUUGGUGGACUGGCUUCGACGGACUCUUCCUCUCUUUCCUUCCCUUCUUAGGAAUGUUAGUUGCUACCAAUUCCGUUCACUGUUGAAUAUAACUCGGUACUUGGAUUGCAAGCUACUGCUCCCUUCAUUUCGACCGCCGGUUUCUAACCCGACCACUACACCUACAUACCGUUCUUCGACCUACUCGUCUGCACUUCGACCCCCCGUCGUCAGCUCUACACAACACCGACGCCUGCCACAUUCUAGUCGCAUCGCGCUGAAGCUACUCUCGCUCGUCAUUUUUCUACCUCACUCCGCUCGCCGCAUCAGAAUGCCACCACGUAAAAGCCGGACAAGCCUCGGCGGCAAUAAGGGGAAGGCGAAGGGGAAAGCGCCGGCAGUGCUACCGGGCGACCCAAUCCCUUAUCCCAAGAGACGCAGAUAUAGGCCCGGAACACUCGCGCUGAGGGAAAUCCGCAGGCUACAGAACAACACCGAUUUACUGAUGCGGAAGCUACCUUUCGCUCGGCUGGUCCGCGAAAUAGCCCUAAUGAUGCGCCCAGCGGACGAGGGGAUGCGAUGGCAGUCGCAAGCUCUCCUGGCUCUCCAAGAAGCUGCCGAGGCGUUUCUCGUCCAUCUCUUUGAGGAUACGAACCUAUGCGCCAUCCACGCGAAACGAGUGACGAUCAUGCAGAAGGACAUCCAACUUGCAAGGCGGAUACGUGGUGUAUGGGGUGGCCUUGGCUAAGCUGACGCAGCCAGUUCGCGCACGAUAAUCGCCACGCAGCACCCUAUUUAGAUCUGCGCCUUUACGAGGGCCACGCAAUUUCGUGGGCGACGUGUUUCCCCGUACCCUCUCGGCCGGACGACCUGGACGGAGGGAAAUCUGUAUAAUAUACGUAGACGAGGCGGCACGUUCGGGCACAGGAGGCGUUUCCACCGACUAUGUCGGUUAGGGAAGGGAAAAGGUGCGCGGGCGUUAGGAGUUGUGUGACCUGACCUGCUCAUGAGAGGCCGUUGGUUUAUUCGCGUUCCGCAUCUCGCCGCGAUCUAAUGGCGGCCCAUACCGGGGCUGAAAUAUCUGUAUACAACGUCUGCGCCACCGUCUAAGGAGGUAGUUCUGGGUGCUAGAUAUCGGAAGAAAAAAGUUAAAUAUUUGCAAGACUUUGAUCUCGACCAAACCCCGUGGAGCGCGGGCGCAUUACCGGACGCCACUGGGUGGCCAAGUCAUGCAGGUGUCUUGUCCACGCAAAAAAUCGCCAUGUGGAGCGGCUUAGGGAC